AUGGUGGGAGAGGAAGAGAGAGAUGAUUUGCUCAGAAGAGAGGAACACGGGGAGAGGAUGAGGAUAGAUGGUUCUAGUUGCUCUUCAUACUAUUCCGUAUCUUCGACUGGUGAGUACAACAGUGAUGAUGAAAUUGAGGGUACAGGAGAGGUUGGGGUAGAAUUGUCAAAUGUGUAUGAGAAGGAUUCAGAAAGGAGUGACAAAAUCGUCAGUGAGGAAGUUGGGAAAGAGGAGUACAGUAUUGGCUUGAGAAAGAAAAGUACUGAAAUAGGUAUGCGUGCUGGAUCUAGUGGUGUUGAGUCUGACUUCAGAAAGAAAUCAGAGAAAAAGCUUACUGAUUUAUUCAUUGAAGAGACAGUCUAG